AUGGCAGGACGACUCCGCACCCGUGGGAAUCGCAAAAAGACGUUGUGGACGUCCAAACCUUUUCUGCUCUUGUCGGCAUUGAUAUUGGGAUCCAUCAUCUUUUACGGGGUCUUGGUGGUACGCGUGGCAUUCAAGAAUCCAGACUUGAUUAUAAGUGGACAAGAACAAGAAGAAGACAGAUACAGCUCCUCCAAGUCCUCCAAAGACAAGUUCCGACGAUUUUUGGAAUUCUCCAAACAGAAUCAGGAUGCGUCGUCAUCGUCGUCACAACACAGAAUAGUCAGCAAACCACAGCAUGAACCCAACAAAGAGGAACCGUCUGAUCAUGUAGAACAAGAAGAACGGCACAAACGACAAGAUCAGCAAGAAGAGAAAGACGAAACUGUGUCACGCAAAAAAGGACCCAGGGGACAACAACAACAACAACAAUCACCAGCCUCUCACAAAAGUGAAGACACCAAUAAACGAAGAAACAGCCGUAAUCAUGAUCCAUCUUCCAAGUCCAACAAUAAGGCAGUACCACCCAAACCCAAAGUCAACAAGUCACUUCCAGUACGACAAGUCAUGAGACCCAUGUGGAUGCCAAAACCAAAGGGACAGGGAGUCCGACCUCAAGUACUCUUGCAAGCAAAAGACGAACAAGACACGGCGGACGCCAAUGCAAUUGCAGAUCAAGAAGAACAACCAUUCAUGCUCAAGGCAUUUGUGGAACCCAUUGAUUUUGACGAAUGGGAACAAAAACCACUGCCAUCCCCCCGCAAGACUGCCACGGCCGAUCAACUCUACGAACUCCACUUUCCCAAAGUCGCUGGCAAUUGUCAACACGUGCCCAAAUACAUUCCCGCCGACGAGUAUCCGGAUCAAGAUACCUUUUUACCCUGGAUUCACGACGUCUUUCCGACCCAUGAUGGCAAAUACAUUCAAUUCAUUGCCCAAAAUCGACGACGAUGUCAUACCGGGAAUACGCCAGAAGAAAUUGAAUUGCUGCAUGUGACACAACCCAACAUUGCACUCUUUCAACACGUGCCCGUCAAACGCGUGUUUUUCAACAAGGACGAAACACGCUAUCAACUCGUACCGCAUGAACAAGCCGAUCCAGAUGGCGUUGCCACACGAUUCAUUUGUCGUUUCAAACCCAGCAUGGAAGAGACACUUUCCGUCUACAAUUUUGAUUACGAUUAUGCAUCCUAUCGCAAACGACCUUUCGGAGGACACACAUUCAAUUAUGAAGAUGGAGGCAUCAAGAGUGUCCAUUUGACACAAUUCCUCUUUCGAUGUCCCGUUCCAGAGCAUUUAGUCGAAACGGUACGCACCGGGGCAUCCAUUGAUCCCGACACGCACCAGGCAUCGCUUUUUGUCGAUGUCAUUCCCAUUCGCACACCACCCCGCUAUGGACUCAGCAAUGAAUUUUUGCAACCCAAAUAUGCCGACAGCGACAACAAUCAUCACACGGAAGGACGAUUCGAUCCAACGCUCGAAUGGGGCGAGCAUCACAUUUUGCCACGGAUUGAAGAUUCGGGACGAUGGGAAAACUUUCCCAUUUGUCGACCGUCCUUGCAAGAAUACUAUUCGCCAACACGGGCGGCCGCGGCGCAACCACCACCUCCUAAAGAAAUGGAACGCAACGAUCAAGUGGCACCGCGCAUGCAUCGCUUGGUGAGUUGCAUGUGGGCCAGUGCGGGAUACACUACGCGGGGAGAACGAUUUGCCAUUAACGAUGGACAACGACGCAUGUUGGAAUGGAUACACUACAAUAAACUGUUGGGAUUUGAACACUUUUAUUUGUACGACAAUUCCGAUGCCUACAAUUUGGGACCGGGAUUCAAUCUCAAACCCAUUGCCGAUCUGUUUCCCGAUGAGAUUACCUACAUUACCUGGCCCUUUUCGGUCUGCAACAAUAAUCCCAACAAUGUGGAUAGUCCGGGAGAACGGUCUUCCCAGUAUGCCGCAGAAUCGUCGUGUCGAUUGCGAUUUGGUCCUCAUGUGGAAUGGAUUGGACAGUUUGAUAUGGAUGAAUAUCUCAUUCCGAUGGGCAGUUAUACCAGUGUGUUGCCCAUUUUGGACAGUUUGGAUGAGAAGGGUACCAAGAUUUUGUCAUUUGGAUCCUGGAGGGCGUGGCCCAGACGUGAUCUGAUAGAAGAGCCUGUACCCAUUACAGAUCGAAGCCAGUGUGACCACCACUUCCAUUGCUUUGAACUACAGGUCCCAACACAGCGUACCUACCUACAAACGUACAAUUGUGAUCGACAAUCAGGGCCUAAGAAGGAUGUCAUGCCCGCUGAAAAGCAACUCUACAAACCUUCCUAUGUCCGACAACACUUUAUUCACUAUUCGUCUGUCACCAUAUUGUCGGAUAUGAACAAGACCGAGUUUGAAAAGCAAGGAUACGAUUGGUUUCGCACACGAAUUGCGCCAGAUCCCAAAUCUCGCUUUUCCGAUGAAGUAAAUGAAGCUACCAUGUUGCACACCAAAGCCAUUGCACGUCAAGAUACGGCUGGAUGGAAUGAGAUUUGCAAGGUGGAAAAGUACGGUAAAGGGGCUACCUGUAGGAUUGGUGUCCCGUACCCAGAGGUAUACGACGAAGAACGGGAUGGGCCGGGAAACAAGGAUGGGUUUGCCUACAAUUGUUAUAUUAACAAAAAGACCGAAACGCACUGGGUUCCUCGACUGGAGAAGGCCAUUGCCAAGGAGCACGGUCACAUUUUUGAUAGUACUGCUAACCAAUAA